GUUUUUGCUUGUAAAUAUAUUUCAAAUCGAAGGGUAUUUACAGUAAAUGUAGCGCCAAAUUUUGCAUUCCCCCCCCUGCUUAGGACAAAAAGAAACCAUAAAAGAGAAAAAACUUGCUCCUCCAUUUUCUUUUCCCUUCUCAUUCCCACCUCUCGUUUUUUUGUCUAAUCAAAUCAUGUUCCUUUCGGCUAAAAUUAAUUUUUCCAAUUCAGAAUUCAGGUAGAUCUUGUUGCUUUCAAUCGGCCCUUCGGAGAAGGAAUAUUCGCGAUCCAGAUUCUGCCGGGGAAAGUCAGACAGCUCGCACCAUGACGGGAUCGUUACCCUUUACGGGUGUGUUCGAGAUUACAUUGUGAGUGAGCAGGAAGUUCAGAAGGAUUUGUUUUGCAAAUGGAGAAGGCGAAAGCAGAAGUAGAAAAGAAGGUGUCAAAAGCUCUCAAGUUUAUCCAGACCAAGAACAAGAUCCCAAAGGAAGCCAAGAAAGAGCUUCUCGGCCUCAUCACCGAUCUUCACGAGCAGUGCCAAUCUCUCUAUUCCAUAUUUGAUGACUUACAAGAAGGGUAUUCAGGAAAUCGUGGAAAAAUACAUACUGCUGCUUCAUCUUCCAGUUCGGAUUGGGAAUAUUACUCUUCAGAGGAAACUGAGAGUAACCUCCCUGGUAAUGUGAAUGAAGCUGUUGCUGGGAAUUUGAGCUCUAAGGAAAAGACUGAAAGUGCAGAGUCAAAACUGAGGUUUGAAGCAUUGAACUCGGAACAUGCAGCAGUGGUUAGGAAGCUGAAGGAGGCAGAGUUAACUUACGAGAAUCUAAGGAGGAAGACUGGAGAGAGAGAACAGGAACUAACUGAACGUGUGAAAGAGCUUGAACGACAGCUCGGUGAUGCAGAUUCUGAGCUGAGAGCUCAGAAAGAUCGGAACAGAGAGUUAGAAGAACAGAUUGUGAUGAGAGCGGGUGAGGCUAAGCAUUUGGGAGAGAAAAACAAAGGGCUGCAAGGUCGGAUCCUGGGUUUGGAACUGGUCUUGAAGGAGAAAGGACAUGAGAUAUCAAAUCUUGUGAACAAGUUUGGGAUAAGUGAGGUCAGACUAACAUCAAGAAUCGAAGAUUUGAAGAGUCAGGUGAGUAAUCUGCAACAGGAGACAGAUUUUUUGCGUACCCAGAACGUGGAAUUGGCAGGAGACGUCGAAGAUAAGAAAAACAAGGAGAUAAAACAUUGUAAGGACUUGAUGGAUCACGUAAAUAUUUCACAACAUGAACUUGAGUCAUUACGCAAUCAGAGAAAAGAAUUAGAAUCAGAGCUGGUGAAGAGAACCGAAGAAGUUGCACGGACUCAGAUGAGACUGAAGCAUCUGGAGGAAGCAGCAGAGGAACGGGUUAAGGCUGACCUGAAGAUUCUAGAAGAAAAGAAAAUUUUGUUGACAAAAGUGGAGAAACUCGAACUCGAAACCAAUAGUUUGCAGAAGGAGAAAUACGAGUUUAGCGAUCAGAUGAAGAGUAAGAUUACUGAGCUUGAUCGACUUAGGGAGGAGAAUCAGAAGCUUCAUACAAAAAUGGCAGAGUUGGAUUCAUCACAGAUGGAGAAACAGAAGAAGAACAUUGAAGAAAUAGAAGUUCAGAGUAUGAAACUGGAUAAGAAACUUUCUGAUCCGCAGAAACCCGUGAAGGAACAAGAUGAUAUAAUUAGAAGGCUAUCUGCGAAGAUCAAAGAUCAGCAGAAACUUCUCAAAGAACAAAAGGACACCAUUGAUAAGCUCUCGGAGCAGGAUCAAAAGCUAGUAAAACGAGGGUCCUUUGGUUCAAUUCGGGACCCAAAAUUGAACCCCAUUGUUCUCGAGAGGAAAAUGGAAGAAUUAGCAGACGAUUUCAGGAUGAAAAUGGAAGAUCAUAUCCGAAUACUGUACAGGAGGAUUCACGUGGCUGAACAGAUACACUUAGAAAGCAAGCACGAGUUUAUCAAGACCCGAGAAAACAUGGGAAAUGGAGAAAGCAAAGGAAACCUCGCUUUCUGUGAAACCCAGUUCAAGAAAAUCAAGGAAAUGUUCGAACAUGGACUCACUCGAUCUGAUGUGGCAAUCAAGAAAGUAGAAGAAGCCGGAGAAUACACGGCCCGAGUCACAAGAAUUGCCAAAGAGAUGGAUGCAGCGAGAACUUGGGUAAGGGAGAAGAACAGUGAGACAGAACAGAUGAAGCACGAGGUCGAAACUCUAGCUGCGAAGCUAGAAUGCAGAGAAGCUCAAGAAUCAUUGUUGAAAGAGAAACUAUCAAAACUAGAGACAAAACUUGCGGAGGAAGGGACAGAGAAACUGGGUUUAGCAAAGGUUCUGAGCAAAUUCGACACGAGAAUCAAAGAGCUUGAGAUCGAAGUGAAGAGGAAAGAGGUUGAAUUGGUGAGCUUAGGAGAAGAGAAGAGAGAUGCGAUAAGACAGCUAUGUGUUCUGGUGGAUUAUCAACGUUGUCGGUACGAUGAUCUCAAGAGAUCAAUCUUGAAGUUUGCUCUUAAACCCUAAAGGUAUACAUAUAUCCCUUUUCUUGUUACGUGUGUACCAAGUUAUCUGGUCCUCCUCCUAACAUAUAAAGUCUUGUUUUGAUGUCUUCUUUUCUUUUUAGUUCUUUAAACCCAUCUUGCAAAAAAAAAAAAAAAAGGUGUAAAAAUUGAAGCGAGAUCUGGGGUUAAGUUAAUUUGAUGACAUGUGCAGUGCAUUGUAUGUUGUUGUAAAGUGUAACCCUUUUUAAUUUUGUUUAUAUUUGGAAUUUCGUGUAUAUUUAUGUUUU